UCCAAUCGCCGCCUUCUCCUCUCUCUCGGCCCUUUUCCUGUUCGAUCUCGUUUCUUCGAAGCCCUAACGAUGGCUCUGAUCGUGGAGAAGACGUCCGCUGGCCGGGAGUACAAGGUCAAGGACCUCUCCCAGGCUGACUUCGGCCGCCUCGAGAUCGAGCUCGCGGAGGUAGAAAUGCCCGGCUUGAUGGCCUGCCGCUCUGAGUACGGCCCCUCCAAGCCCUUCGCCGGCGCACGCAUCUCCGGCUCCCUCCACAUGACCAUCCAGACCGCCGUCCUCAUCGAGACUCUCACCGCCCUCGGCGCCGAGGUCCGCUGGUGCUCCUGUAACAUCUUCUCCACCCAGGACCACGCCGCCGCUGCCAUCGCCCGCGACUCCGCGGCCGUUUUUGCCUGGAAGGGCGAGACACUCGCCGAGUACUGGUGGUGCACAGAGCGUGCCCUUGACUGGGGCACCGGCGGCGGCCCCGAUCUUAUCGUCGAUGACGGUGGUGACGCCACGCUCCUCAUCCAUGAGGGGGUGAAGGCCGAGGAAGAGUACGAGAAGAGCGGCAAGUUGCCAGAUCCGGCCUCCACCGACAACGUCGAGUUCCAGCUCGUGCUCGGUAUCAUCCGUGAUGGGCUCAAGGUCGAUCCCAAGAAGUACCACAAGAUGAAGGAGCGCCUAGUCGGCGUAUCGGAGGAAACAACUACUGGUGUCAAGCGACUGUACCAGAUGCAAGCCAGCGGCUCCCUCCUCUUCCCCGCCAUCAAUGUUAAUGACUCCGUGACAAAGAGCAAGUUCGACAAUCUGUAUGGGUGCCGCCACUCCCUUCCUGAUGGGCUUAUGAGGGCUACCGACGUUAUGAUCGCCGGCAAGGUUGGCGUGGUCUGUGGUUAUGGAGAUGUCGGCAAGGGUUGCGCCGCUGCUCUGAAGCAGGCAGGUGCCCGCGUUAUCGUCACUGAGAUCGAUCCCAUCUGCGCUCUCCAGGCCCUGAUGGAGGGCAUCCCUGUUCUCCCCCUGGAGGAUGUUGUAGCUGAGGCCGACAUCUUCGUCACCACAACCGGAAACAAAGACAUCAUUAUGGUGGAUCACAUGAAGAAGAUGAAGAACAAUGCCAUCGUAUGCAACAUUGGCCACUUCGACAACGAGAUCGACAUGCACGGGCUUGAGACCUACCCAGGCAUCAAGCGCAUCACCAUCAAGCCCCAAACCGACCGCUGGGUCUUCCCCAAGACUAAUUCCGGCAUCAUUGUUCUUGCGGAGGGACGUCUCAUGAACCUUGGCUGUGCCACUGGCCAUCCCAGCUUUGUCAUGUCCUGCUCCUUCACAAACCAGGUGAUUGCCCAGCUUGAGUUGUGGAAGGAAAGGAAAAGCGGAAAGUAUGAGAAGAAAGUGUACGUACUGCCUAAGCAUCUGGAUGAGAAGGUUGCGGCUCUGCACCUGGGUAAACUGGGAGCCAAGCUUACCAAGCUCACACCAGAGCAGGCAGAGUACAUCAAUGUUGCCGUUGAAGGCCCUUACAAGCCUGCUCACUACAGGUACUAAUGUGCUAUUUCGGUCUGAGAUGAUACCCGAAUCGCAAUGGCGGCGGUCUUACCCCAGGGAUCGGAGUGAUGCUGAAAUUAUCUUUGCUUGAUUUACCUUCUACCUUUUUCUGUUUUUGCUAUUUCCGAUGGAGUUUUAUUCCAUGUUGAAUUCGAUGAGGAAUGCUGUGGGCAAGCUUAGGAACUGAAUAAUUCUCCAAGCGAUGCCCCUUUAGUACUUCUUGUUGUCGAACUACUAUGUGAAAUUUAGUUUUGAGCCUUCGUGUCACAAACA